AUGAGCUAUUUUUUGUUUUACUAUUUCUAUUUAUCAAUUUCUGAGCUUUAUUUUCCAUUUAUUAAUAUAAAUAUAUAUAAAUUUUGCCUUCUUAUGCUAUAAAAAUAUUAUAUCUUUCACAGCUUUAUUCAAUUUAAGCAAAUUAUGGAGUGGUGUCUUUGGAGACACCGAAUACAUUAGAAUUUAAAUAAUGCAUCUAGCUGUGUAAUUUAAAAAACUAUCAUAUAGGCACCCCAAAAAAAUUUUAUGGAUAAUUUAAUAGUAAAUUUAAGAAAAAAUAGAAUUAUGGUUGGUAACUACAAAAUUUGGCACGUAGGUAUUUGAAAAUUAAUAAAAUAGCCAUUUAACAAAUUUUAAAUAGUUAGUAUAAAAGAGAAUUUAGUUGGUAGGAGCCACAUUUUGAGAUAAAAGCUCUGUUAUGACUUUUAUAACUCCAAAAAAGAUUUAUAUUAAAUUUUAGAGCAAGGUAUCUUCCAUAUGUCUAUACUGUUUAUUAGGAAAAAUUUAGAAGAUAAUGUACCACUUCUAAUAUUGCUUACUCCCCCUGUGAGCGAACAAAACCAUUUGGAAAAAUUCCUAUUUUUGCCCAAAAACCCGCCCUCCGUGAGCGACACAAAAUAUUUAUGAAAAAAAAUUGAUUUAUAAAUUUAUAUAUAAAUUUUUUUAAAAAAACAAUUAACCCCCUCCUUAAACGAACACAAUUUUUUUAUUCGCUCACGGAGGUAAUGGGAGUUAUGAUAAUUAAAUAAUUCAAAUGAAUGCUACUAUUUUUUUCUUAAAUUUAUUACUAAAUUAUACUUAAAAUUUUUUCAGUUGCAUGGAUUUUUAAUUUCUAAUGUAUUCGGUGUCUCUAAAGACCUCACUCCAUAAUUUGCUUAAAUUGCAGAACCUCUUUCACAUAUCAAAGAAUUUUUUAAUACGUAAAGAUGCUUUGAAAUAAAAUGUCAAAUGGGAUUAUAUGCUAUCUAAAAGUACCGCUAAAUUGUUAAAGAGCCAUCUAUCCUCAACUGUUCGAUACUUCUCUAGUGAUAAGCCUCCAAAAGGAUUCGAAAAGUUUUACCGCCAAAAGAAGCAAGAAUCAGAACAAGAAAACAAAGAAAAACCUAAAGAUACGGAAAAAGAUAAGCCAAAAUCAGAUGAGCACAAUUAUAAAUCUUUUAAUGAAGAUUUAAAAAGCUUCUGAAAUAAUAAUUUCAACUUCAAACAAGGCCCAUUUCCUUGGUGGAAAAUAGCUGCCUUUAUAGGAGGAGGUGCUUUUGCUCUACAAUGAAUUUUAUCGAGGCCAUCAGAAAUUAUUCCUGUAGUCACUUUUCAAGAAUUGGCCAAAAAAUAUAUCAAUUCAGAUUCUUUAUCAAAAAUUAAGCCAUUUUUGAUUAAUAAGGUCUCUAUAAAUUUAGAAAUAAUAAUUAAAUAAAUUUUCAAUAAAAUUAAUGAAAUAAAUUAUAUCAUAGAGUUUUGGCCUCAAGGAAGCCCUCCAAGCUCUCUUUAUGAUAUUUAUGCAGUUGAUCAACAUGGAGAAAUAGUCGCAAAACUCAGAUAUCCAGACAUAAAUUCUUUCUUAAGCUCAUUAGCAUCAGAAGAAAUGUCUCUUGGGAAAAGCAAAAAAGACUUAAUACCUAUUGAAUAUCGUGAAAAACCUAAAAGUCCUACUGAAAAAUACUCAAGCAUUUUCAAAUUUUUUUCUCCCUUUUUUUACAUUUUCCUUAUCUGAGGCAUCAUGCAUUAUCUCAGUACUAAAUUCCGCAACAAAUCCAAAGAAAACCCAUGGUCAGGUGGGGGUGGUUUUCAAGACAUUUUUAAUAUGCAUUUUCCCUUAAAUUGUCUAUUUUAUAGUAAGUUGAAUAUUUGUUAUUAAAAUAAAUAAAAAAAUAUAUAUCAAAAGGGAAAUUUAAAGUAUAUGGAACUGAUGGCACAAAAAUUGAUGUAGAUUUCAAAGAUGUAGCUGGAUUAAAAGAAGCCAAAAAAGAAGUCAUGGAAUUUGUGGAAUUUUUAAAAAAUCCUGAAAAAUUCAAAAAACUAGGAGCAAGAAUUCCAAGAGGUGCUUUACUAAUUGGGCCACCUGGGACUGGGAAAACUUUAUUAGCCAAAGCAACAGCAGGAGAAGCAGGAGUCCCCUUUUUCUCAAUUUCCGGCUCAGAUUUUGUAGAAAUGUUUGUAGGGGUCGGAGCUUCCAGAGUUCGGCAGCUUUUUAAGCAAGCCCGAGAUAGGGCGCCUUCUAUUAUUUUUAUCGAUGAAAUUGAUGCAGUUGGCCGUAAGCGUCAAGCAAGAAUUGGUGGAAAUGAUGAAAGGGAUAACACCUUAAAUCAGCUUUUAGUAGAAAUGGAUGGAUUUACUACAGAUACUCAUGUCGUCGUAAUGGGUGGGACAAAUCGAAAAGAUAUUUUAGAUGGAGCUUUAUUGAGGCCAGGAAGAUUUGAUAGGACUAUAGAGCUUUCUCUACCUGAUAUACAAAAUUUUAUUAAUUGGCUUCCCAAAUAGAUUAAUUCCCAUUUAUUUCAAUAAUUUAUUAUAUAUAAGUAUAUUCACGAACGUGAAGAAAUUUUAUCAGUCCAUAUAAAGCCAUUAAAACUAGACCCCAGAAUCCCUUUAUCUGAAUAUACAAGAAGAGUAGCUGCUUUAACCCCUGGCUUCAGUGGAGCUGAUCUCUCAAAUGUAUGUAAUGAGGCUGCUAUUUAUGCUGCAAGAAGAGGUAAAGAGUUUGUGGAUAAGCUUGAUUUUGAAGCUGCAACUGAAAGAGUUAUGGGAGGGCUUGAAAAAUCUAAAAAAUUGAAUAUAAAAGAAAAGAAAACUGUAGCUUAUCAUGAAGCCGGGCAUGCAGUGGCAGGAUGAUUUUUAGAAGGCGCAGAACCAGUGCUCAAAGUAAGUAUUUUGCCAAGAACAAAAGGAGCUUUAGGGUUUUUCAGUUUUUGCCAUCAGAAACAAAUUUAUAUUCUAAAGAAGAGUUAUUAG